AUGACGCCUGAUGAAGAUCCACCGAACCACGACGAAAAUGCCAGUCAGCAACGGGGUCGCUACCUCACGUCAGAAAAGGGCCUACGACACCAAGAGUGGGACCCAAAAGUCGGAAAUUGGAACAUAUCCUCACUCAGAAGAAAACAAAGAGAAUUAGUUGAUGAUGCCAUAGAGUACCAACUCGACAUUGUUGGACUCUCAUCAAUGAAACGCCCAGGUGCCGGACUCCUGAACCUCAGUCACCUCAGUGGAGGGAAGCUGUUCUUUUCACGCGUCGCGAUCACGACUUGCGCUCAGGCCGGUGUUGGCGUGCUGGUAGAACCCAACCUUGCCGAUAGAAUCAUCGAUUGGAAACCCAUCAGCGGAACGGUAGUAAUCCUCCGACUGAAGCUACAACAGGCUAAAUCGACGACCUUGGUACAGAGGAAGUAG